CCGACAUUCUAAAGAAAAAAGAAAAAGAAGAUUAUUUUACUAAAGGCCAGGCUGUAUGAGCCUUGUUUUCUUUGCCUUCCCUAAAACGGGAGAAUCUUAAACAAAAAAAACGUACAUUACAAAGAAAGAGCGAUGUUUAGGUUUGUUUAUUUUAUUAUUGUGAAGUUUAAUUGGAAAAUACAAAUUUAUUAUAGAUAUUGUGUGUGUAGACAAAGUCAAAGUUUUAGAUUAGAACAGAAAAAGUUCAAUUCACUUCCUACAAUGGACAAGAAAAGAAGUAAACUAUGGGGUUUUUUUACGCAGACUAAAGACGAUAAGGCAAAAUGUGAUCUUUGUCAUUCGUUGUAUUCAGUGAAAGGCGGCUCUACUACAAAUUUGAAAAAGCAUCUCAUGAAAAAACACAGACCAACCUAUGAAACCAUCGUUCCAGGCUCCGUGUCAGUUGCAGCAGCUCUGGAAGCUCCAACUUCAGCAAAUAACGCAGCAAACAUGAAGGCGGCUAUACGAUUAACAAAUUAUGAACAUUUGCCGUGUAUAUCUCACACUGUUAAUUUAGUGGUGCGUGCAGGAGUCCAGGUCUGUGGACUCGAAGAGCUGAUAAAAAAAAUAAAAGCCAUUGUGGAACAUUUCCACAAGAGUCCAAUGGCAACCAAAAAACUAAUUGCAAUGCAAGAGCAGCUGAGGCCUAAUCAAAAACCAUUGAAGUUAAAAAUGGACGUAAUGACUAGAUGGAAUAGUACCCUGGACAUGAUUGAGAGGAUUUGGUUACUUCAAGAACCUUUAGAAGCGUCUCUUGGAAUCCUACACAAUCCGGUAGAAAAUCUUUCGGAAAGCGAAUGGCAGACACGGCCAGAAAUAAUAAAAAAUCUGAAGCCAUUUAAGCAACUCACAGAAGAAAUGUCUUCAGAAAAAAAGUGACUGUUUCAAUGGUCCUGGCUUCGACAGAAAGUAUGAUUAGAAUUUUUCACAAUUUAGAUAGAAAUAUUAUAACAGAUACCGGAAAGAAACUGGCAAAUAAAAUAAUAACGGAAUUUAAAAUUAGAUUCAAGAAUUGUUACAGGCACCCAGUGUUAUCUAAAGCAGCACUGUUAGACCCGCGUUUUAAGAAGCUGGCAUUUAGGUUUGAUGCAUCAAGUUAUGAGUCUGCCAAAGAUGCAUUGAAAACUGAGCUGCUAAAUGAAUUUUACUUCCAUAUGCAGUCAAUAGAACCUAACGAGAACGAAUCGACGUUAGCUAUAAUAUCUACUUUUUUUCGGCGGUAGGUGUGAAAAAGAUAAGUUGUGUCUCGAAAUUGAAAAAUUUUAUUUAAUUAUUUAAAGUCAUUUAAAAACACAGAUUUUAUAUUUACUUGAAGAAUAAGGAAGUGAAACAACAUAACUUACGUUUGCAUCAUCUUUUAUGUAACAUUUGCUUACAUUUGACACCACCUGCCAGCACAUCAUACAAUCAAGAUUUAGCACAUCCUUUAAAUCACUAUAAAUCACACUGUCUCAUCUCACUGAUAUUGUGUCUGCGCAAAAGAGCUUGGAGGAGUGUUUUAUGAAGAAGAUGCAGGAUCUCGAAGGUCAGAUUCAAAGUGCGGGUUCUGGUAAGGAGACAGUGGCAAAGGUAGCUGAGGAGUUCCGGACCUUCAGAGAGCUCAUAUUCAGCAUGUUGGGGCUGCUCCGCAAGCAAAUUUGUGAGUGCGUCAUACAGAUAGAUGCCAUUGAAACCAGACACCGUCGAAAGGGUUUGAUCUUUUUGGGUGUUCCGGAGUCUGAUGCUGAAGACUGUAAGGCCGUAGUGUGUGGCAUUCUUGCAACGAAAGUGGGCCUCAAAGACGUCACUAAGGCCUCCUUGUCAGUUUGUCAUAGGCUCGGAGCCACCGGUAAUAAUGAAAACGGUAAGCAGCGGCCUGUUCUGGUGAAAUUUUCCCAAUAUGACUUAAAAGCUGCAGUCUGGAAGGCUAAGAAGAACUUGAAGGGCACUAACAUCACAGUCAAGGAGUUCCUUACUAAAUCCAGGCAAAAUGUCUUUAACAAUGCUCGGCUGCAUUUCGGUGUUCGGUCUUGCUGGACUCAGAAUGGCGUUAUUCACAUUAAAUCAUCUGAUGGUAUACGCCACAAAGUCAUUCUUAAAGAAGACCUGGACUCCUUGGUUGGCAAAUACCCAAAGGCGCCGACGGCUGGUAUGCGAUCGGGUACUUGGCUUCAAAUUGAUAUAAUUCAAUGUGUAUGUAUGUAUCUUCUAUUCUAUUGUUUGAUUUGCUUGUUAUCUGCAUAGAUUGCAUAGUGCUGGUAUGUACGCAAAAUCAGAUUCUUUUGCUACACUGGCUUUUGCUCUUUGUUGUUUUGUUUUUUCAUUUAAGGUAGGUAAUUAGUUAUUUCACUUGCAGAUAGUCAAGAAAAGUUAAACUGUCAAUGUCAAUGUAAGACUAUUUUUUUUUCUCUUUCUCUCACUAUUUAUAACAAGGCAAAAGUACAUUAGUAUAUACAGCCUCAUUCAUAUAUAUAUUUUUCUAUUGUCAUUUAAUUAAAAAUCAUGUUUGUGUCCAACUUUAGACACUAUUCUAAUGUAUUAGUUAUUUUACUUUAAAAUUAUUUUUGUGUUGAUUUGCUUACUUAGCUAC